AGAGAUAAGUAGAAUACGGAGUUGCCUUUCCUGCCCUCCGCCGUCGUCCUCGCGGACACGGUUGACCGCGAUCUCCCUCAGCCCCACCGCCGCAUUUCUCGCCGCCCUCCCCUGCUCACCUGUCCAAAACUCCGGCCUCCUCCCUCCCCUCCUCUGCACCGCACCCAACCAAACCCAAUGGCGGAGGCGCUGCUGCUCGCGUGCCACCUCGCCCUCGCGCUCGCCCUCCUCGCCGCCUCCCUCUCCCACCUCCUCCUCGCCGCCGUCUCCCACCUCUCCCCCUCCUCCCUCCACCACCACAACAACCACCCACUCCUCCGCGUCCUCCGCCACCCCCUCCUGCGCCUCCUCCCGCCGCUCCUCGCGCUCCCUUUCCCCUUCCUCCCCCUCGCCGCCACCGCCUCCGGUCUCCUCCCGCUCCUCCUCCUCCCGCCGCUGCUCCCCCUCCUCCCGCUGCCCUUCCUCCCUCCCCACCUCCCGCUCCUCCGCCCGCUUCUCCUCUCCCUGCCCUUCCUCCUCCUUGCGCGGGCCGCAAACCUCCUCGCCGCCUCAUUCCCGGCCACCGACCUCCAGCCGCACGCGCUCGCCGUCGCGCGCCUCCUCCUCCUGGCCGCCGCGGGGGCCUCCCUCGCGUCCUCACUCUCCACGCCGAGGACCCCGGCCCACUUCGCCGCCGAGACCGCGCUGGCCUGUGCGGGAGCAGUGGGCGGGCUCUGGGCGGCGCAAAGCGGGUUCAGCCUCUACGUCGACGCGUGCGUGGCCGCGGGUUGCCACCGCCUCAUGGACGCCGGCGCCUCGGCGCCGGCCACGCGAUGCGACGUCGAAGAGGCCAGGCUCAGGGCCGUCGCCGUCAUGGACCUUGCCCUGUCGGUGCACUGUGUCAUCGUAGCCGCCGUCGCGGCCGGGUUCUGCCUCGGGGUGGCGAGGUGGUUCGGGGUGGACGGCGGUGCCGGCGGUGGUGCUGGUAUGGGGAAGAGACAUAAUGGAUCGUACGAUGCAUUGCCCACGGUGGCGUCGGCUGGAGCAAUGGCUGAGAUGGAGCAUUUGCCGGGGAAGGGCGUUGGCAAGAGCGUGGCGCAGGAAUGAAACAGGAUGCAUUGUACUGGAUUAACUAGGUACAUCUUGAUCGUCCCGUCUAUCUGAUCUUGUUCAGGUGUCAACUCCCCGAAAUGAAUGGGAGAUUUGGGUCGAAAUGGCGGCAGAAUUUGUUCUGAGGAACGCUGAUGUUUAGUUGCUAAAGAGGGUACUAGUGGCACCUGUGGAACCAUUGCCUUGUUGAAUUGGCCAAUGGAGCCCAAUCUAUAGCUCGACAUUUGUUGUAGGUCAUUCCACUGACCUCAUUGCUUUUGCUGAUGUAUACAAUGUAGUAUUUGGUAGUCC